CCUUGACUCAGAAAUCGUUCAGAUUUGGUCGGCCGGGUGUGGACUGCCACGUUCGUCAUGACAGCGACACAGCAGUACUGCAACUCAUGUUCCUUGUCAAUGAGGGUGCUCUAGUCAGUGUGUGUGCCGAUGACAGUCUGCAUCUAUGGAACCUCCGACAGAAAAGACCAGCAAUACUACACUCACUCAAAUUCAACAGAGAAAGAAUAACACACUGCACCCUCCCAUUCCAAAGUAAAUGGCUGUAUAUAGGCACCGAGCGAGGCAACGUUCACGUGGUCAACAUCGAGUCCUUUGUUCUCUCUGGUUACGUCAUCAACUGGAACAAAGCCAUCGAGUUGUCAAGAAAGACUCAUCCCGGACCUGUAGUUCACCUCAGUGAUAAUCCAACCGAUGCAAAUAAGCUUCUGAUUGGUUUUGAGACGGGCGUGGUCGCGAUGUGGGACCUGCGGACCAGGGCAGCCGAGCAACGCUUCAAUUGCACCCAGCCGGUCCGCUGCAUCUCCUGGCAUCACGACGGCAAGCAGUUCAUCGUCAGUCACACCGACGGCACACUGACCACCUGGAACAUCAAGAGCCCAACCAAACCGGCUAAUAUCAUAUCACCGCAUGCUAAAGUGCCUGCUAAAGGACUGAAGCCCGAACCAUGCACACCAGUACUCAAAGUGGAAUGGAGGUCAGUGAAAAACGGGGACCCCUUCAUUCUGUUCGGGGGUUUACCCUACGAGAAGGCCAGCAGCACACCCAGUAUCACCAUCAUGCAAGGCAAGACCACCACCGUGCUAGAAAUGGAACACACCGUCGUCGACUUCCUCUGUCUCUGUGACAACCCUUGGCCAAGCAAUCCCCAGGAACCGUAUGCGGUGGUGGUUCUUUUGGAGAGUGACCUCGUGGUCGUUGACCUCACAUCGCCAGGGUAUCCGUGUUUUGAAAAUCCCUACCCCAUGGACCUCCAUGAGUCCCCAGUCACCUGUGUGCAAUACUACGCCGACUGCCCCUCGGAUCUUAUACCACACCUGUAUUCAGCUGGGUCCAAUAGUCUGAACAGGAAGAAGCAACUGUACAGUAAAAAGAACUGGCCUGUCAAAGGAGGAGGCUGGGGAAGUGGUGGAAGCAGCGAACAAGAAAUCGUUAUUACAGGGCAUGCAGAUGGAACAGUUAAAUUCUGGGAUUCCUCCCAAGUCAUGCUACAAGUUCUGUACAAGCUCAAGACGGCCAAGGUCUUUGAGAAGCAGAAGCAGGCUCGUAGCCUGGACGGAGAUGAGGAACCCUUUGCCAUCCAGAUGGUGAAACUGUGUCAAGAGAGCCGGCUACUAGCCGUAGCCGGAGCCAGCGGCCACGUCAUACUCUACCGAUUCAGCAGGCUGGAAGUCACUACUGAACUGCCAGUCCUAGAAAUCGCCAUCCUGUAUGAGCCCGAAGAGCCCGACACGCCCGAGGCUGAGACACCCCCUCCCCCACCCACCCCGCUGAAACGCAACACCAGCACGGUCAGCGCCAGUUCUGUCGCCAGCGCCAUCAGCUCACCGCCGCCGACCCAGACCAGCCAGGCAUCAUCGGGCGGCGCGACGGGCGCCAGCGGGUCCAGCACCGGUAACCAAGCCACGAGUACCAGCUCCGGGGAGGGCAUCAGGGACAACGUGCCAAACUUGAAGGUAAAAGGAGGACCUCAUAAACGGGCGUCAGGUUUCCAGCCAGAUCUGUGCUGUCAGCUAGUCUGGGUGGACGGAGAAGCACCGUCAACUAUCACUACAGUGGAGAUCAACUCUUGCUACGGCCUCCUUGCGUUCGGCACCAUAACCGGCCUAGUCAUAGUGGACUAUCUCCAGAAGACCUGUCUCUUGAACAUGGGCACCCCGGACCUGUACGGCUCAGCAGACCCCUACACCAGGACCCCUAGGUCCCCCAAGAAGAACAAACCCCAGGGGCUGGGGGACAUCGUGGAGCAGUACAUGGCUGACCCGGAGAGGUGCAAGUCACCCACGAGCAGCAGCGCGGAACAGCAGAACGGGGUCUGUGUCAGCCCCACCAGCACCAACAGCUCCCGCAAGCAAGGCCGCAACAACCACGACCCGGCCCAGCUCAAGCGCAGUAAGUCCCAGGGCUCUCGCAAGCUCAUCUCCUGCAAGGCACAGUCGGUCUGCUCCGACUCAGGCAACUGUGGGCCGGGGGAAGCCCCGCCUAACGGCUCUCCGCCCACCCCUCCGCCCAGUCCGAAGGAGGGGCCCAAGGAAGUAAACCCCGCCCAUUCCCACUUCAGCCAACUCAUCAAAUUUGUUGUGACUGGUCUGAGCAUGAACCCAUCAGUUCUCCACGUGCCGUAUCGCAGCGAGGGUUCGUUCACCAGAUCGCGGAGUUCCAGCAUGUCCAGCCUGGAGAAGGAGGCCAGGGAGGGCGUCCAGUGCUUGACCUUUGCCGAGUCCUACACCAGGAAAACAGAGUCUGUGACCUCACCCUGUAUCUGGGUGGGCACCACUCUAGGGUCCGUGCUCGUCAUCGUCAUCAACUUACCACCCUGGGGGGAGCAGAGGUACACACAGCCUGUCAUUGUCACGCCAAGCGGUACCAUCUUGCGUCUGAAAGGCAGCACCUUGCUGAUGGCUUUCCUAGAUUGUAACGGCAGCUUGAUCACGCCGCCUUACGAACCCUGGAAAGACGUGAACAAAGACACCAAGGAGAGUCGAGACAAGAGACCGCCGUCAUUACAGCGCAGUCGAAUGUCGCCCUCCUCCUCCACUGAAAUUGCAGACCGACAAUUUGUCAUCAUCUGCUCCGAGAAAGAAGCCAAGGUCAUAUCACUUCCAUCACAGACCUGUGCGUACCGGGUCAAAGUGGCCGAGUCGUCCUACGUCGUCAGAACAGAUGUUAUCAGCUUGCAGAAUAGCGUUUGUCUGGCGUGCUACGUCGCCAACGGCCACAUCAUGGCGUUCAGCUUGCCCAGUUUCCGAGUUCUGCUUGAUCACGACUACCUUCCACUGACCGAUCUCAGGAUUGGCCGAACAUUCCAGUUCAGCUCCCACGGCAAGGGUAUAUAUCAAGCCAGUCCGACGGAACUCCAAAGGAUAACUAUAUGCAGCGAAGCAAGUGAGAACCUCCAUGACAUGCUAGGCGACCUGUUCCUUCCAGUCAACACACCGGAAGCCCCCAGUAAAGGCUUCUUCAAAGGACUGUUUGGUGGAGGCAGCAGCACAUUGGACAGGGAGGACUUGUUCGGCGAGUCAAGUGGUAAACCGUCUCGCAGCAUAGCCAGGCACAUACCGGGUACCGGUGGCAUCGAGGGGGUCAAGGCUAACUCCAGCUCGGCAGCCGGGGAGCUCUACAAAGCACGCAUCGCACUUCAUGAACGAGGGGAGAAACUGAGCGAACUGGAGGAACGCACAGCACAGAUGAUGGCAAACGCCGAAAACUUCUCCCAGGCUUCGCACCAACUUAUGCAGAAAUACAAGGACAAGAAAUGGUACCAGUUCUGAUGGAACUACAUAAGGCAUUGGUGCUGGCUCCAAGCUACAGGGAACCAGCUAAAGCAGGCCAACUUUGUGACGAAGCAGGGACGAAUGAUUAGAGAUUAAAACCAAAAAGGAGAAAUCACAUGAUUUUGAGCCAAGACGCUUGGUCGACGGAAGUAAGGGGGUUUCAGCAGAGAUUCAUCUGCUUCGAAAUCCGGUCCGAUUGGACGGGGUUUGAAGGCGAAGGGAGUAGAUCGUGCAAGGAAAAAAAAAAUAAUAAAAGCAAUUUUUAUAAAUUCAAAAUAGAGUGGAAGAGUGAAGAAAAUAAUACCUGACUUUUGAACCGGUGGCUGUGUUUGAAAUCAAGUGUCUGUUCAAGUGCAUGGAGGGGAGGUUUGGGUCGUAUCGAAGUUGUUUAUUCAAGUAGCUGUUACUCUGCCUUUAAAAGCUUCUAAACGCACAUAUACUUUCUGGUGUCUGAGCUGAUAAACCCUAAAAAUCACAUCCGAAUCAAGGUUAGUGAUUACUCUUGGAAUGUAGUGAAGUGGGGAUUCAAAAACCUAAGUUUCCUGAGGGGACUGAUAUUGAAUCAAGGAGUCACAUUUUUUAAUCCUAUCUUUUGUCGGAACUGGGUGCAUGCUGGCACAAUUGUAUCGUUUCACAUUCCCGUUAUUUAAAGUUGAACACACACACACACAACUAACAUGGAAGAUAGUUAUGGACAAAGGCCGAAUGCAUUCCAGGGCAAUCUAUUGUAUUGGUAUUGAGGUAUUUCAAAGUCUCUAAUCUUCAGGGAGAAACUAAAAGCGCAUGUAAGAAGGCUUUCGAUAAACGCAGCACAGCUGGUCUCGUAUUAUGUCUUGGUUUUAGUUGGUGCUGUUUUGCUUAAAACUUUCCAGAGCAUCAUGUUAACAUAAACAACCAAAAGAGGGCGCCAUAUCCAUCUUACAGUGGUAAGACGGACCAAUAAAAAAGGCUUUUAGGCAGUAAACAAAAGAAGUAGCUCACAAGCUACUGAAUAAACAUGAGCAUGUACCAAUAGAUGAUGACGGGAAAACAUGCAUGCUGAGUGGCGUUGGCAAGGGCUUUAUCGAUUAAUAAUUGACAUUGACACUCUGUUCACAUUCCAAUUUUUUCGUCGUGUCGAGACGUCGUUAGCGUGAUGUGUCGUUCCUUUUGCAUGCCUUUCGUAGCUGAGUUCUCAUUGGUUUUUGUACAAAAAACUUACAGGAUAUUGAUUAUUAAAAAAACCAAAAUUUCUGAAUCUGAGAGAUCUAAACAUUCCAUUUCUUGACUUUCUUCUGCUUGUUAAAACUGUGAAAAUGAAAACCGGAAAAACGUGCCGACGUGUUGGGCAUAAGUCCUUACAUCUGUAAGACUCACUUGCUGUGCCCUGUGCUAAGACAAAAAUAACUUACAACUGAUUCGAUAUAUUUUUGUUGUCGUGUAUAUAUAAAUAUAUAUAUAAAUGUACCUGAGGCAUUAUGUGUAGUUAAGGAAAGAGUAGGACAAGUGCAUUGUGGACUCUUAUUGAAUUGUUCUUAGGUUAAAAAAAAAGUGCAAUAGGCCUUGGAAUUUGUAAUCGAUCAUUGAUCAUUCUCUUCACGACUUUAAAAAAAAAAACGAGGAUACUGCGUCUUCGUUCAAAAUAAAAUAAAAAAUCUGAAAAGAGGUGACGAUUGAAUCGUCACUCUUUUUAACCAAAAAAAAAAAUAAUAAUAAAAAAUUGUGUACGGAAACGAAUAUAUCCAGUGAGUUAUUAUAAUUAAUUUUUUUGUUACCUCAUUCCAAAGCGUAAAAAAAAAAUAUGUAAAUGAAGACUUGCAUUUAUAAUUGUUGUUGACUGUGAACAUAUUUAGACAAUGAACAUAGUUGUACCACUCGGUACGCUAGCUAGACAAUCUUUUGGGUACUUUGGACAGAGGCAGUUGAACGACCGAUAGAGAAAAUAGCUCGCCUCGUGUAAAUAGACUACAGGAGAAGAAAAAUAAAAUAAUCAAAACGUAAAAAAAGUUUAAGAUAUGAUUACCAGUAUAUAUGACUGUAUAGAAACGUUAACAGAAAAAGUGUUUAGACAUAGAUGACUCAGCUGCGGAUUAACUAAGAAUUAAUGAGUACAACUACCUAUAUACAUAAAUAUAAAUAUAUAAAUAUAUUAUCUGCUUCUCAAUUUACGGAGGCGCCUAUAUUUGGGUCUGGUGCAUAUACGUGGCUAUCCCGUCAACUUUUAACGAAACCACGAGACUGUGUUUAUAUACUCAUGGCAGAUAUAGCUGUACGCUUUGCCACUUCAUGCGUAUGUUAGCCUCUCGCGAAGGUGAACGACCGCUUUGUUUGUUACGUAGCCGUAGACUAUGUACGAGUCAAUAAAUCGACGGUCCGCGACGCCACUGUUUUUUCUUAUAAAUUACAGUAUCUGGCAAUGUACAGUACGAUAUAUUCCUUUUCUGUUUUUUUCAUAGAGUUGUACAUAGUUAUUUUGUGUAGCGGAGAUCUGUUGUCACGUGACCGUGUCAUGUAUUUCUUUGAUUUUUUCACCUUUUCAUACUUUUUUCCCCUGGUGCGUUUUUGUCAUUGUUCAGUUUUUUAGAAAACAGCCAUUCUCUUUAGACAAACCAUACUGUGUAUUAUUACAGCCGAUACAAAGUCGAGGACCGAAAUGUGACCGAAUUCAAAUUUACAAACAUAUAAAUAGUAAUUUGUACAAACAAAAACAAAAUUGAUUUUAAUAAUAGAAUAAGAGUAUUAUUUCAGAAUUAUGUUGCCAUUAUUUAAAAGUGUAGUCUUAGCGAAAACGUCACACUGCAUGACUAGAAAUGCUGUUCUGACCAUUCAUUUUACUUCUAAAAUUUUGUCCGGUUUUUGCAUAGUUUGAGCAAGUAGACCAUAACGUGUAAAACCGGUUGUUUUGUUUUUUUCAGAAGGAUUUUGUAGUUAUUAACUUACAUUUUCGAAAGUCCAUAAAUGGUUGAAAACUGGUAUUCAAGGUACUUUGUUAGUGGUUGUCAGGUUAUUGAAAAAGCUGGAAGAAAUGUUCAAAAAAAUUGAUUAAAGAUAAACUUCAUUGUAUCUGUAAAUGUAAAUCAGACCUUUCAAAAGCCAAAAACAUUUUUUUUUAGAUUGACCGUUGCUUUUCUGCACUUUCAUACAAAAACUGCCGUUUAUUGUCAAUACUUGCAGUCGUUUAUUUCUUGAAGCCAGAUUAAGCAUUUUGUUCCCUGUGGCAAAUCUUUGGCAGUUAAGUAACAAUUUUACACUUUUAGAUUACUUAAUGAUUUUUUGUAUAUUUGUUCAAUAAUAUGAGGCACUUGUCAAUUAAUUUUGCACCCACGAAUGACACUUAUUGUGUUGUUAACCCUUUAAAAAAAAAGGACAAUUCCUGGAUAGGCUCAUUGAAAAUUGCAUUUUGUUAACUUAGCACAAACCAUUUGUGGGUGUGGUUUGUGUGCAAACUGUGCUGGCCAAUCAGUGACCAGUGUGUAUGGUUUGUGUACAAAUACUUUCAGCCAAUAGGGGCCCAAGAAGGAAGUCACCUACACAAAUGAUAUUAUACAUUUUGCCAUGGUUGUUACAACACAACCAAUGGGUGUCGUGUGCAGUCACUGUAGGUGACUAUGAGAGCUCCUAUUGGUGGAGAGUAAGUGUACACAAACCAUAGGAACUGAUCACUGAUUGGCUAAGCCUGGUCAGUGAACAAACCACUACUGGUAGUUCCUACCCAAAGAAUACAAAGCCACUUUUAAGUGUGGGAUGCAAUGGGGACCUUGCUCCAAUAUUGCUGUGUAUCUAUACAAGCUUAAAUAAUAUCAGAAUACUUUAAAAUUUUACUUCAGAUUAAAUCGGAAAUGUUGCAUCGGAAAUAAAAGAGACUUUAAUUGUAAAAGUACUAGUAAGGCACAGUGGCAAUAGCUUAAAUCAUUAUUAAUUUGCAGGGUUUAUGUAUAAUUUGGACUGAAAAAUCAUGUAAUAUAACUCAUGUUUUGGUUUGUGUUUGACUUGAUCUGCACAUUUAUUUCACCCUGUAAUACCAAAAGCAAGAACAAUUUUAUUUCAAAGAAAACAAAAAUGUGUUUGUAUAAUUUGCACAAAUUAUUAAGUAGGACAUACAGUUGAGUUGAAUAACCAUUGAAUCAUAAUAUGUUAAUAUUGCCAUUAAAAAUCUAGAAUUUUUUUUUUUAAUGAAGUGUUGUCAGAUAUUUCUCUUUGUUACAUUGGAAAGUAAUGUUUCCCAAAUUAAAUACACAUAUAUAUAUUUCCUUUUACAACUUAUUGAUUUUAUUUUUACAAGAAAAUUCAUUGAAAUUGUUGAAUGUGUAAAGGAGAUAAUUAUUGUUUCAUAUAGCAAAGUUGAAAUUUUGCAUGUAUCAUUAUAAUUCAAUUUGCUGUCUCGGUGGUUAUUUUGGGGAUUUUUGAAUUGAAGUUGUCCCUUGUUCAGUUUAGUUUUGUAGUGGUUUUUGAUCUAGAUCAUUAUUGUCGUAUUUAAAGUUUUGACCCUUUUUUUUUGCUUGCCUAUAAAAAAAUUGAGAUUGGAA